GCAAAAUAAGCUUAUUUACUUGGCUGCUAACUUGAGCAUUUAGCUCACUUUAUAGCGAGCAGUUCUGAGAUUUACUUAGGUUGUUGGGUUAGCUUAGGUUGAGCUAACGUUAGCUGCUUUACAUUAUGGACGUUUUACGACCAGCUCUUAUCAAUAUAAAUGGGAGAAUAUACCGGAGGAAUGUCACUAUGGACUCUAAGGAGGAACAUUAUGAGGAAGAAGAAGAAGAUGUGUCUUACAUGGGGCCACCAGAGAGUGAAUACCUCGAAGAAGAUGAAGCCUGUGACACAAAGUUAAUUGAACAGACUGAUAAAGGAUACCGCUGUGCUAUUGAAGUCCCAAGUGUUCUUUACAAAUACAUCAUUGGAAAAAAAGGAGAGACACGGAGACGCCUGGAGUCUGACACAAAGACAUCUAUCAGCAUCCCAAAACAAGGAGUGGAGGGGGAGAUUGUUAUCACAGGUUCCCAUAAAGCUGCAGUCUCAUCUGCAGUCACACGUGUUGAGCUCCUUGUUGAGAGUUUCCGGAAGAAGCAGCCUUUCACACAUUUCCUGUCAUUCCCUUUGAGUAAUCCCAAAAUCCAAGAAGGAUUCCUGACCUUUAAAGACGAGGUGUUGAAGCAGUGCUCACAGGAUCAUGGAGUUGAGGGGAGCAUCUUUCAGAACCCUGCAAAGCUUCACAUGACAAUCGGCACCCUUGCUCUGUUAAAUGAAACAGAAGUGAGAAAAGCAUGUGAACACCUCCAACAGUGUCAAAACUUUAUCCGGGACAUCACAGAAGGAAACCCUCUGGCGUUGGAGGUGACGGGCAUAGAGUACAUGAAUGAUGACCCGGCCAUGGUGGAUGUAUUGUAUGCCAAAGUCAACACGAAAGACAAAUCUGACAAGUUGCAGCUGAUGGCGGACCGGCUGGUGGAGCACUUUGUCUCCGCAGGGUUGAUGGUGAGAGAGUGGGACAGAGUGAAGCUGCACGGCACCGUCAUAAACACUCUGUUCAGAAAGGACUCAGUUGAAGAAGCAGGCGGCCCAGGGAGACAAACCAUGAGUGAACGAGAGGCUUUUGAUGCCAGAAACAUAUUAAAGAAAUUUGGUGCUUAUCAUUUUGGAGAGUUUGGGUUGAAUACGGUGCUGCUGUCCCAGAGAUAUUCCUCAGACUGUACGGGCUACUACACCUCUGCAGGGAGCGCCAACGUCUCAUGAGCUUCUACACGGACGAGCAUUUUCUGAGACAAUGCUUCAUUUACAUUUUGGAGCCAGGACAUCAGGACUUCUUUAAACUUACCUAAAGGAUCUUCUUCCUGUUUGAACAUUUACUUGUUGUCACCUGGUAAGUAUCAACAUCCAAAUACAGUGUUACCCUACUUUCUGUCAAAAUGUGCCUACAUGUCCAUUCUUGUGAGAUUAUUGCCUGGUACAUCUCGUAUACAUCCAGUUUGAAAGUCAGUUAUAAUGGCAUUUUCUGAAUAAUUUGAGCUGCUAUAGCUGGUCAAAGUUUUUUUCAACCGCUUUUCAGCCAAUCAUUUUGAGAAACUCAGAAAGUUUCAAAGUAAACACCGUGUGCCAAACUAGAAAACUUUCAUAGCUGUUGUGAAAGGUUCUGUUUUCACACUGAUCAUAAGCAAGUUCUACCCAUUUCCUUUCAUCUCUCUGCCUCAUGAAUGUGCUGAUGCGUCACUGACAUGAUUUAUUGCACCAGGUUUUUUUUCUUCCUCCAUCUUUCUUAUCAGUGCCCUAGCCUGACGAAGCCACAACCUUGUUCCCACUCCCGUCUGUCGAAUGUGUCACCGAAUACAGACAUCGGACACAGAGCCUCUUGCUCUCCACGUCAGAGUUUUUUUUUUUCAGCCUUCCCCUCAGCUGCCGAUGUGCUCUGCUUGGCAUGCAGAAGGGCGAUCGCAGCGCAGCCAAAGUUACACUGAUGGAAAGUGAGGGUGCUUUUUGUUUGUCAGCUCUGCCAUCCCAUGCUGUCCACCCUCCCCUGUUCCCCUGGAGCCAUGUCAACAGACGCCAUUAGACAGGGACAUGCAAAUUGAGUCAGCCAGCAGAGCCGUCCGUGCACUUACUGUGCCACUGUCUGGGUCUAAAAUGUAUCUUUCUAGACUCAAGGGAGGCACCUAAUUAUCCACUUCCUGUCUCCUGAGAGCAUGCUUGUUAGUGGGUCAGGAGUACACAUCCAGCAUAACGCCACUCUCAGGUAACAGAUACAGUGAGGAUUCUGCCAAUAGUAUUGCUCAUAAACACACAGAGAGGGAGAGAAGAGGAUUUGUAAGUUAAUAGAAUUCAUUGAGAAUAUGCAUCCUCGUGUCUUUUGGCAGGGACAUGAUUUAGGAUGUGCUGGCCUGAUGUCUUCACUAAUGAUCACACUGAAAACACUGGAAGUAACAUCCGACAUCGGACAUAUUCCAUUUUAGAGAUUUCUAUAUAAGAUGUUUGGGGUUUCUGUUUACUUAAAUCACCAUGCUUGUGUUUUGAUGCAUAGAGUAGGAAUAUAUUGGACGAGGGGGAUUACUUCUCAAUAUCGGUCAAUAAUAGUAAAUAUUUCCUAAAUGUUUGAAUAACAAUCAUUUAGUACUAUAAUAUGUGAAAUGGAACAUAGUAAAAAUGAGCAUUUAAGCACAAAAUGAACAAUUUAUGAACUGUUCAUAACUCACAUAGUCAAAUUAUGAGCAUAUAAUGACAACAACAUGCUUUGGCACCGAUUAAACUUCUCAGAGACAUAAUUUAAAUUAUUACAGCUUUGUUUUGACUAUUUUGUCAUUCAUUAGGUUUUUAUUACAACACGUAUAUCUGCAUUGUACCUACAAUCAUUGAAUGUUGAAAUACUUUUUAUUGAUGGGGUAAAGCAACGUUUUUAAAUCACUUGUUUUGUCGAAUUAACAGGCUAAAACCCAUAGAAUUUUCAAUCUACGACGAUAUACAACAGAACAAUGAAAGAUUCUUACAUUUGAGAGGCUUCCUUAGUUGAUAUAUACAUUUAAGUCACAUACAAUACAUGUAACAAAAUAGUACAUACACUUUUUGUUUGUUUUCCACAGAUUUAUCUUUGUUGGGGGUAAUGAUUUGAAUUGACUUAACCAAAUCAUGCUGCUACCGUAUGUUGUCUGUGUGGGUGAGUUUGCUUACGCACUGCCUGACAUACAGUACAUCUUUUUUCUGUCCCCGCCACAUUUCUCACCCUAAUUAGUCAUCUCCGUGCUUCCUGCUGUGGGAACGUCCCACCGGACCCUUGAGAUUUCGAGACUAGCAUACGUCCCUUUCAAUAAGACAGAUUAAUGAGACCUCUGUGUCUGUUUGUGUUCCUGCAUACCUUUUUUUCUCUGUGGAUCUGCAUCCUUAUUUUGAAAGAUCUGAGGAGACACGGGAGCUGGCUUUCAAUUAAAAAUGUUAACUAAGGAUUAAGUUACUUUUUCAGCAUCUGUGUAUAUUUUUGUUUACAUGCAUUCAUAAGUCAAAUAGUCUUUAUGAUUAGAAGAAGGCUACAGGCACAGAAAACAAGCCCUUGCAAAGUACAACCAGUUGAUAAAAACUCACAUUACUAUUUUCCCCUUAUGUUAAAGGAAGAGAAAUAAAGAGCAGCCAUUUUGAAACAAGUGAAAGCAAAGCAAUCUCUUAGUGAGCCCUGUUAAACUUACAGUGAACCUUUUAUAAUGAGAAUUCACUCAUGUUGUUAACGGCAAUCUUGUGUAACCUCAACCAAGCAUUGUUUAGGCCUCUAUCUAAUUUGCAUAUUUAAUUUAAUUCAAGUUCCAAAUUAGCCUUUUUUAUGCAAAAGCUGUUGGAAAUAGGUCUUACUUGUUCCAUAUCAACCUUUUUUUCUGCACAUUUUGCUUUCUUGUUCUCAUAACGGGUGUUUCAAAAUGUUCAUUCAGAGCGCUGGAAAAAAGAUAUAUGUUUGACAGACGUGACCUUUUUUAAAAGAGUAGAUAUGUUCGAUUUGUUUGCUCUGAGUAAUAGCCCACAUGAAAUCGAUUGAGCUCUCUAGUCUAAAGCACGAGGGUUGAUCAGGUUCAUAGAAUAUUAAAUCCAAAUCCAAUUAACUGAAAGUGUGAGUUUGACAGCAGGAAGCUGCUAAGAUGACAUUUCAGUAGGUAGCUUUGUAUUCCUGGUGUCAUGUUUUCACCCUAACAAGCUUGAAUCCUUAGAUUAUUUAAAGGAGAUCUUUUGAUGGAUCAAACACGUCUAUCCAGGAGAAGUUACAAAGGUGCUAUAUUACUCAUCCCGCUCGACAAAGCAGGCAAAUCUUUCAAAUUGGAUAUUGUUAGUGUUGAUAUACGCCAGCCCGCCUCCCUUUGAUUGUGCUCUCAUGUUGGAUGUGACUCCAGCUGAGUGUCAGUGCCGUUUGAAUGUCACACUAAUCACUCUGUCACUAAUGGGCAUGAGCGGUCCUGAUGGACAGCCAGGGUGAGAGUAUUUGAAAUGUCUAAUGUGCGUCUCCUGCGAGGAGGCAGGUGAUCCCUGCUGCAGCUCUUUAUCAUUCAGAGUGCAGCUGUCCACGUCUGUUGAUGCUGGAGGCAUUCACACAGGAGCAGAGGCACAAAGCCCAGUGUGUUUGAACAGCAGGUAGUCAUUCAGAGCUGCUGUUUACUCCCUGUACACUUUGCACAGGGAGGGUUUAAAACAGCGCAACAACACAUUUCCAUUAUCCCUUCAUCUCUGUUACUUUGUUCUGAUAAUUGUCUGAUGAAUAAAUAAAUAAAUAAAAAUAUUGAAAUAUGACCAACAAUUCAGCAAUGUUAAAAAUGCUUGUUUUGUUGUAAUAUUUAUUGUCAUAUCUAAUAUGUUAUUUCCAGUUGUAUACCUCUGAAAAUGUUUUUUUAAGUUUAUUGCACAGACACAUAUUGUUAUCUGGAAACAAAACACCACCACACCACACUUAUGCAGGUCGGCAUAUUGGCGUCAUUACACUUAUUUAGGCACUGCACUUCAGAAACUGCUUGGAAAAAGGUAUUCAAAUUUCACUAAGAGCUGCAAUUUCUCGUAUUUGAGGAGCUGGAACUAGUUAAUAUUUGACAUGUUUACUUUACACAUUUAUUAAAUGAUUAACUGUUCAAUUAAAUUAAGAAUCAUUGGGGAGUGAAUACAUUUCCCAAUAAUACUUAAAAUAAGUGUAUUUAGCAUUGCCAACUUAAGGAUUGAGGAGGUUGGAUAACAAUCUUUGUUUACAUUUGAAAUUAUUCAAGUGAAGAAAUGAAAGCAGCAUUACUUGAUUUUCUGUCAGCUUGGGGGCAAAACAAGCUGUAAACCGAACGUAUCACAACUACGAUAUUAUAGAGAAUUUGUUAGCUACAUUUCCGAAUAAGUAUAGAGGGGGAAGCAUUUCCAUUCUUCUGGAGUCUUGUUUCUGGCCACCUGACAAAUACAAGUCCAAUAUCCCAAUCUUUUUAUCUCUGAUUUUAACUCCUCCAAAACUCAUGAGGGAAACACUGGCUUUAGCAGCUAAACGCUCCAUACCUUCACCAGCUAGUCGCUAACACCUUGAUCGAUGCAGGUUUAAUAUGCAGACAUUGUGAGCUUCACUGCUGUAAACUCACUCUGUCGGAUACUGUAAACAAAUCCUUUGUUUUCUCCAUCCCCUCCAAAGUCUUUCAGAUCUAGUCACACAGCACUUAAUGCUGUUAUUUAUUGGUAGGAUGUAGAGUAGCGAAACUGAUGGGGAUUUGUCAUUUCUAGUGACUAGUAUAAGCUGGAUAUGCAGACUGAAAAUAAAUAAUCUUUGAGACUGAGUAUGUCAGGGUUCAGAAUAUUUGCCAGCUUCUGUCUUUUGUGUUCAUUUAAUUGAAAAGUUGCUACGCUCUGUUCCACCCAUGCUGCAGCAGCCUGCAGUGAAAAACAGCACCUACCUUGCUUUCCCUGCAAAUGCAAACUGCUGUCAGACUGCUCUCAACUAACUCUGCACUUAUAAUAGCUGUGUGACCCAGUUUGAGUCCAAUUGAAUUAGAUCUAUACACGUUUUAAAGCAGCUCCACUUACAGCUGUAAGUCACUCGAGAUUACUUAUUAAAUGCCUCCCGAUGUGGUUUAUUCUUUCCUGAACUUUCAAAAUCACUUCUUUUGAUGGUUCUCCCACCCAGGAACUUGCUUUCAGGCUCCAUUUUCUCUUCAUGCACCGUCACUUUGCAGUGGUAGCCCCGUUCACAGAAGUAACUGCAAACAAGCACUGGGGGCUGUUGUAGAAGAAAUUCAGAAGCAGAAAGGGGUUUGUUUUAUUGUGUCAUCAAUGUUUAAUGCAUUUUGGUACAGGCUUGUGCUUAAAAAUAACAACAUACAGAUGGAACAUACUCGAGUUAAUUACAAAAAAUAAUAUAAAGGAUAUGACUCGAUGCAUCAAAGAAUCUUAACACACUGAGAUGUAUAAAGUUGUACUAAUUCUAUUGUGUGUAUUAGUGUUUGUAUUUGCCUUAAUACUGUUACUAAUUAUUUGAAAACUGUCAUCUAACCCCUUCUGUCAUUAGUCAGAUUAUUCAAUAAAUUCAUAGAGAGAAAUCACUCAACAUCUGAUUUAUCGUUUUAGCCAUUUAUCAAACACGUCAAACCUUCAUUUGUUGCAGCUUUUCAACUGUGAGGAUUAUCUGCUUUAGUUUGAUUUAUAUCAUUGAAAAUUGAAAUCUUUUGGGUAUUGGAAUGUUGGUCAGGCAACACGGCCAAAUAUGGCUCCUUGGAUAAUUUUCCCUGUUUUCUGACAUUUCAUAGACUAAAUAACAUAUUGUUCUAUCAGUCAACACAGUUAUUGUAGAUUAAAAUAACCAUUACUUGAAGUCCUAGUAUAGUAAAUAUUAAACCCUGAUUUAUUGUUG